AUGUCCUUUGUUCUUCAUCUGGAGCUGCCGUCGAUCUCGCAGGUCCACACCCGCGGUCCUGCUGAUACCCCCUGGUACAACCACCACGCGGCCGAACGCCCGUUAUUGCCGGACAAGCUCCCUGCGCUCAGUCUCAAUCUGCCGACGGCCUCCCAGGCGCCCACGCGCAACCCUUACCAGGAAUACCAGCCCAGCUCCAGCGCGCGCACCAGUCUCUCCAGCGCCUCCGCCAUCCAGGAGCCCAGAAGUCCUCCUCCCGCCGAUCUGGGGACCCAGGGCCGCCUCUCGCUGGAGUCCGAGUACGGCGUCGCCCACGAGGCCUACUACCCAAGUCCCACCUCGCUCGGCAGCAUGAACCAGCCGCAGCCCUACAUGGAUGUCCAUUCCCAUCUGUCGUCCGCGCAACCAUACGCUUCGCAGGGCGUGACCGCCGGCGCCAUGUCGCAUUAUCCUUAUCACCAGCAGCCCCCGGUGCUGCAGCCCGCGUCGUCCUAUGCCCCCGCCUCGUACCCCCAGUACGGCUAUCCCAACGGCGUGACAUCGCCACCGACGGGCCACCCGCCGCCGCCCAGUUCUAUGGCCGGACAGAUGCCCGCGCAGUUGCUGCCGUUGCCAGGUAAGUUGAGAGAAAAUUCGCAAGAUCAGAUGAUGAUAGACCUGAUACUAAUCCACAUGUCGCAAGCAGUGUCGAACCAUUCGGCUGCUCCGCCGGGAUAUGGAAACAGCACAGGAGCGCCGUUGCAAGGAUACGUCUAUGACCCGACGGGUCAGGUUGCUCCUCCAGGAGCCAAGCCUCGAGUGACUGCCACAUUGUGGGAAGACGAAGGUAGUCUCUGCUACCAGGUGGAAGCCAAGGGUGUCUGUGUGGCACGGAGAGAGGACAACCAUAUGAUUAACGGUACGAAGCUGCUGAACGUGGCGGGUAUGACUCGCGGCCGUCGUGACGGUAUCCUCAAGAGCGAGAAGCUGCGACAUGUGGUCAAGAUUGGCCCAAUGCACCUUAAGGGUGUCUGGAUCCCCUUCGAACGCGCUUUGGAGUUUGCCAACAAGGAGAAGAUCACCGAUCUUUUGUAUCCUCUCUUUGUGCACAACAUCGGUGGUCUGCUGUAUCACCCGGCAAACCAGACCCGCACCAACAUGGUCGUGCAAGAGUCGCAGAACCGCCGCCUGGAGGGACCUCCUGCUGGACCCCAGCGGACACCGACGGCUCCUCAGCCCUCGAGCCUGCACCACCACGCCAUGCAGACCCCCAUGUCCUCGCACAUGUCCCAGCCUUCGUCCAUGGCUGGCGGCCCGCGGCCCGGCCUUGACCGCGCCAACACCUUUCCCACGCCUCCCGCCAGCGCUUCGAGUCUGAUGGGUGUGACCAACCAGGAUAGCUACCAAUGGGGAAGCCAGGCCAUGCCACACUCGCAGCAGCCGCUCUCGAUAGACACGACCCUGAGCAACCAGCGCUCCAUGCCGACCACGCCUGCCACCACGCCGCCAGGAAACAACAUGCAGAGCAUGCCGCCCUACCAGGGCCAGUCCGGCUACGAUAGCUCGAAAUCGUACUACUCCGCGCCGCCCCCAUCGCACUCGCAAUACGCCCCGCAGACGCCCAUGACCCAAUCCGGUCUGUCGAGCUACGGCCAGAGUCUCCCCAACGUGAGCUAUCUCAAGAACGACAUGGCACCGCCGUCUGGUCGGGCUCCAGGUGCUCCUGAGACCGAAACUUCUGAUCUGAAAUCUGACCGUUACUCCCAGACCAAUGGUCCCGGUGAUUCAGAGCAGGAAUCGGAGUACCUGCAGGAAGGCAAUGCGUACAAUGCCAACCGCGGCUCGUACACCUACACCACCAAUCAGUCUGUCGGCUCAUUGACCGGUGAACACCCGCAACUCACCCCUGAAAUGACGGGAUCACCGCAGCAGAACGGAUCGGGCCGCAUGACUCCUCGUACCAGCGGUGGACCCCCGCCUCACUGGGCUUCGGGAUAUAACACUCCCCCUCGUCCAGCGGCGGCGACCACCCUCUACAACGCUGUCAGUGAUACUCGAGGCACUCCUGCCAAUGGCUCGGAUCCGUACUCCAUGGCCUCGAACACAACUCCUGUGUAUUCGACGUCCAUGAACGGAUCCAUGGGUGGCUCCGGUACCAAGCGCAUGCGCGAGGACGACGAGGUCAUCCGACCCGAAAGUGCUGGCGAAUAUGACAGCACCAAGCGUCGCAAGACUUUGACCGAUACUACUCUCGGUGGUCCCGUCGGCGGAGCGCCCAUCCUGCAGCCCAUGAAGACUGGCGCGGUGAUGGCCCGUCGUCGAUAA